AUGAUGAACUUAUCUGUGAAGAAUCGACGAGUAGAUCGUAUAUCCAUAUUAUUACAAGAAUAUAAUAUUGAAAAAGUUAUUCAUAUUAAAGGUCAAAAUAAUUGCUUAGCUGAUUAUUUAUCACGUCAUCCUAUUCAAUAUGGUGGAGAAAUAUUUAAUGAAGAUUAUGGUAUAAGUAUGUUAUUUGAAGGAGAACCAUUGAAUUGGGUGUAUGUUCCUGAUAAUAAGUCUCUUUUUGUUAAUGCUUUUGUUACACGAUCAAAAAAGCAACAAAUGUUACAACAACAAUCGUCAUACAUUAACCCUUUGAAAAAUAAUACAAACGACAGAACAUCUUUAGCUAAAGGCCAAGUUAGUGGUAAAUUAUUUCAAUCUUCCUCCUGUCAAUUUACUUGUAAUGAUUUGGAUAUUGAGCAAAUUAAAUUUGAACAAAGUAAACAUACAAUUAUAUAA